AGGAGAAGUUCGACACCAUCCUUCAGUAUCUCGGCAAGGAGCUGAAGGAGCGCCCUGUGGUAGACCCGAAGGAGGGGGCCCCAGCAACCGGGAGGUGGAGCUGGAGAAGCAGAACGGGGACCCGAGCUGCAGAAGAAGCUCCGGAUGGCAGAGCUGCAGCUGGCCGAGGCGAGGCGGCAGCUCGAGCAGCAGCUGCAGGAGGCCAGGGACAGGAUCGCCCAGCUGGAGAGCAGCGGCGCCUCCCGGGGCGAGGCGGCGAUGCAGGCGGAGCUCCAGAGGCUGCGCGCCCUGGAGCAGGAGCAGGCAGACGCGCUCAGGAGGUCGAUGAUCGAGCUGCAGGAGUACCAGAAAAAGAACUCCCAGCUGGAGGCCGUGCUCCAGGAGCGCCUGGCCGAGCUGGAGCGGGCCCGCAGGGAGGCGGAGGAGGCGCAGGACGCCGCGCGGCAGCAGGCCGCGGACCUCGACAGGCUCCGAUUGGCCAGCGCCGGUUCCGCCGGUGCCGCUGGGGCGCUGCUUCAGAAGGACGCUCGAGGACCUCCGGCAGAAGAACGGCAAGCUGCUGGCCGAGGUGGCGCAGCUGAAGGGGCAGCUCGCGUCCACGCAGGCCGCCCUCAGGACGGCUGGAAGGACCGAGCAAAGAGCCGUCCGGCGUGCUGGAGGAGGACGGGCCCAAGGUCAGCCCCGAGGACCUGGCAGAGCUCGAGCGACUCCGGGGUCUCGAGGCGGAGUGGAAGUUGAGGAGCUCGAAGGGCGCGACGUGCUGGCAGUGCGGCAAGGCUUGCAUGCACUGCACCGGCACCCUGCCGAUCGCGGCGGCCACCGUGCAGCAGGAGACUGUUCUUCUCCGAAGAAGAGCGCCAGGAGCAACCACGAGCUUCAGGAG